GGCUUGCAGGGCAUCAAGGCCCAUUGGACUACUACGUAUUGACUUCAGGACGCAGUCGGAUAAUUUGAGUGAAACGCCAGCGCAGCGCCAGCAGGAAUUAACUGGCUCCCACUUUUCCAAAUUGGCUUUCGACUUUUUGUGGUGCUGCCGCUUUGGGGCUGUUCAGACGGCGGGCUAGCUGGUUUCUCCGUGUUUGGGCUUGUCUGAGGCAAACCGUUCGGACGGGGGAUCACCUCUGUCGUACGUAAACUCAGAUCUUUGCCGGUGAUACGGUGUAUUUGUGUACUCAAGGGCGAUAACAUCGGCAAAUUUAGGGGCGGUUUAUUUUGCAAUUUGUUGACAGAUUGAUGGAUGGGUGACAGGCAGUAUAAUUUACCCUUCAUUGAUUUGACAGACGGAGUGGAGUGAUCCCGGAGGCGGGCGAGUCCCCUCACUGCCGUUUGAAUAGGAGGCGCUUGUUUGCACUUCUCCGCCGGGCUAGUCUGUGUGUGUGAGGAGAGAGGCUGGAGUCGCGCGACGAACGGCACACCGUGCACACGCACACAGGCACCGACCACUGGGAUAGAUAAAGCGUGCGCGCUGGUUCGGGACUUGCUCGCUGGCGUGGUAUGUGGAUUACCGAGCGGUGAGGAGAUACGGGAAAGCUUGCGUCCGUUUCUGAGCGUGUGUAGUUGGCGGGGUGGCCGAACAGCCGACCCGUGAGGGCGAGGAACACCACCGGGACUUACGGACCUGUGGGGCCGAGCGGCCGGCGGACGGGACGAGACGUUACCCUCUAUCUCACCACGAUGAUUCUCCGGCUAGUUUCGACACCGAUGAUGGAUUUCUUGCUGUUGUUCUUGCUAGUUGUGGGACAGGCCGCACUCGGCAGAAGUUGCCCUAAACAAUGUUCGUGCCCAGGGAACAGUCUGGACUGUGGAAACAGAGGACUGAGAGCGGUGCCCAAAGGAAUCCCGCGGAACACAGAGAGAAUAGACUUUGAAGGGAACAACAUUACCAGGAUUGACAAGAACGACUUUGCAGGGCUGAGAAACCUGAGAAUUCUCCAACUGCUGAAUAACCAGAUCUCGACGAUCGAAAAGGGCGCCUUUCAGGACCUGGUGUCGCUGGAGCGCCUACGGUUAAACGGAAAUGUUCUGAAGAGUCUUCCAGACCUCCUCUUCUCUAACAUGCCAAGGAUCUACCGACUUGACCUGAGCCAUAACCACAUACAAGUUGUGACGAAGAAAACAUUCAAGGGGGCAAACAAAAUGAAGAACUUGCAACUUGACAACAACAGACUCUCAUGUAUUGAGGAUGGAGCUCUGAGGGGAAUGAAGGAAAUGCAAGUUCUAACAUUAAACAGCAACAAUCUGACAACCCUGUCCCCUGGAACGAUUGGCCAGAUGCCGAAACUUAGGACCUUCCGGAUCGCGAAUAAUGAGCUGAUCUGUGACUGUCACCUGUCGUGGCUGGCGGAGUGGCUGCGCAUGAGACCGAGGCUGGGGCUGUUCACGCGCUGUGCCGCCCCGGCGCUGCUGUCCAACGUGCACGUCGCUGAGCUCCAGAGAAACGAGUUCCUCUGCAACGGUGUGGAGGACCACCUGCCUAAGGAGUGUGUAGUUAACGAGAUGUGUCCUGAGCUGUGCAGCUGUGCUGGCGGGAUUGUGGACUGUAGAGACAAGGGUCUCCUGGGCAUCCCCAACGACAUCCCUGCCACUGCUACAGAACUGAGACUGGAACAGAACCAGAUCAGAAGCAUCCCCAGCAAGGCUUUUGCACAGUACAAGAAGCUCAGGAGAAUAGAUUUGAGCAACAAUCAGAUCUCUGAGAUCGCUCCUGAUGCUUUCGAAGGUCUCGACACUCUUAACUCCUUGGUCUUGUAUGGGAACAAGAUUUCUACAUUGCCUCCCAAAGUGUUCCAUGGACUCUUCUCUCUCCAGUUGCUGUUGCUGAAUGCGAACAGAAUUUCUUGCAUACAGACUGAUGCCUUCAAGGACCUCCAUUCCUUGAACCUGCUGUCCCUGUAUGACAACAGGAUUGAAAUGAUCAGCAAGGGAACUUUUGAUCCACUCAGGAACAUCCAGACUCUCCAUCUUGCCCAGAACCCCUUCAUGUGUGACUGCAACCUGCGCUGGCUGGCCCAGUACCUGCAGGACAACCCCAUCGAGACCAGCGGCGCCCGCUGCGUCAUGCCCCGCAGACUGUCUCGGAAACGCAUCAGCCAGAUCAAAGUGCACAAGUUCCGAUGCAGCAUGCGGGAGGCUAGAGAGAAUGUUGGAGUGCGGAAAGGUUCUGGGCAGUGCAAGGUGGACGAUGACUGUCCUGACCGCUGCAUCUGUGAGGGAACCGUGGUGGACUGCACCAACCGCAAACUGGACAGUGUACCAGACGUUAUACCAUCAUACGCCACUGAACUUCUGUUGGGAGAGAACGAGAUAGUGAAGGUGCACGCGUCCGGCAUCUUUAAGAAACUGCCCAACCUCAGGAAGAUAGACCUACGAAACAAUAAGAUUGUGGAGAUUGAGGAUGAUGCUUUUGUUGGAGCUGAUGGUGUCACAGAACUGCUGCUGACAGAUAACAAGCUGGCGGCCGUGAAUGGGUCCAUGUUUAAUGGACUGACUGGCUUGAAAUCACUGAUGCUGCGGAGUAACCAAAUCAGCUGUGUGAACAACAAGACCUUUGCUGGCCUGGCCUCUGUCCGACUACUCUCCCUGUAUGACAACCGCAUUUCUACCGUCCAACCCGGGGCCUUUGACUCUCUCAGAAGUCUGGCCACACUGAACCUUUUGUCCAACCCGUUUAACUGUAACUGCCACCUUGCCUGGCUGUCUGAGUGGCUGCGAACCAAACGGGUUGUGACUGGAAACCCCCGAUGUUACAAACCCUCAUAUCUACGGGAAAUUCCCAUCCAAGACAUCGCUGUCCAGGACUUCAAGUGUGACAUGGAUGAUGAAAACAGCUGCAUUCCCAUCAGCCAUUGCCCAGAGAUGUGCACGUGCACAGGGACUGUGGUGCGCUGCAGCCGGCAGAACCUCACCCAGUUCCCCAAGGACAUCCCGCGAGCUGUGACCGAGCUGUACCUGGACAUGAACCAGAUCAACAUCAUCCCCAACCUGUCCCACCUGAAGCACCUGACCAGGCUAGAUCUGAGUAACAACAUGAUUAGCAAAAUUUCCAACAACGCCAUUGCGAACCUGACCCAACUCUCCACUCUGAUUUUGAGCUACAACAACCUGCGCUGCAUCUCACCCAAGGCCUUUGCAGGACUGAAGGCUCUGCGGAUUUUGUCUCUCCAUGGUAACCAGCUGUCCACCAUCCCGCAGGAGGCAUUCAAGGACCUGCAGUCCCUGUCACACAUUGCCCUUGGAGCGAACCCCCUGUACUGUGACUGUCACCUGGUCUGGUUGUCAGACUGGGUGAAGAAAGACUUCAUCGAGCCAGGGAUCGCCAAGUGUGCAGGACCAAAGCAAACCAUGGCAGACAAACUCCUGCUCACUGCACCCUCACGCAACUUUGUGUGCUCUGAGGAAGGCCCAGAUUUGGAGAUCCUGGCCAAGUGUGAGCCGUGUCUGUCUGGCCCGUGCCAGCACAACGGCACAUGUGUGGAGGACCCCGGUCUGUCCUAUAGCUGCACCUGUCAGGAGGGCUUCACCGGCAGGAACUGUGAAACUAUCCUGAAUGAGUGCUUCACCUUCCCAUGUAAGAACGGAGGAACCUGCCACAAGAUGGAGGAGGGGUUCAGAUGUGACUGUGUGGAGGGUUUUGAGGGCGAUGUUUGUGAGGUAAACGUGGACGACUGUGUGGAACACAUGUGUAUGAACAACGGCUCCUGUGUGGACGGAGUUGACGGCUACCUGUGCAAGUGCGUGCCGGGAUAUGCCGGCCACUACUGCGAACGAGAGGUCGACUUCUGUGACCCUGGGAAGAACCCAUGUGAGAAUGAUGGGAAAUGCAUCAGUGAGGAAGAAAUGUACAGAUGUGAAUGUGUCCAGGGCUGGACAGGUGAGAACUGUACUGAGAACAUCAAUGACUGUGUUGAGCACAAGUGUGAGAAUGGGGGGAAGUGUAUGGACGGGGUGGAUGAGUACACCUGCCUGUGUCCUGAGGGGUUCAGCGGAGUCUACUGCGAGGUCACGCCGGUCAUCAUCCCCCGCACCAGCCCCUCGCAGUACCACGACUGUCGGAACGGCGCACAGUGCAUCGACCAGGACGGCACAUUUGGCUGUCAGUGCAAGCCUGGAUACAAGGGGUCACGCUGUGAGAACCUAACCAGUGUGUCCUACAUCACCAAGAAUACCUACACCCAGUUCCCUACCCUGAAAAAUCACCCGCAUGCCAACAUCACAAUGGUAGUGGCCACAGAUCAGGACAACGGCAUUCUCCUCUACAACGGGAUCAUUGACCACAUCGCGGUGGAGUUGUUCCGAGGUCGCGUGCGGGUGAGCUACGACGUGGGGAACUACCCUGGCUCCACCAUCUACAGCUACCAGACCGUGAACGACGGGAGAUACCACACCAUCGAGCUCAUCGCAGCAAACCAAAUGGUGAACUUGAGUGUUGACCAUGAAGAAGCCAAGAGCAUGGUGAACACGGGUCUGAAUGAGCAGCUGAACCUGAUCACUCCCUUGUACAUCGGCGGGAUGCCACAAGACGUCAACGCACAGGCUGUCAAGGACUGGCACGUCAGGAACGGAACCAGUUUCCACGGCUGUAUCCAGAGUCUCACCAUCAAUGAUAUGGAGGUGAACUUUGAUGGGGGGCCUGUGGUGGAGGGGGUUGUCCCAGGGUGUGGGGAGGACAAGCCCGACCCCUGCCAGUCCAACCUGUGUAAACAUGGCACCUGUCGAGCCCUGAGCGACGUGAGCUACUCCUGCGACUGUGACAAGGGAUUUACAGGAGCGCUGUGUGAGGAGAAGGAGCCAGACCCAUGUGAGGGUCACAGGUGCUUGCAUGGCACAUGCAAGGUGGUGGAUGAGAGCAGCUACAUGUGUGACUGUGAGCGAGGGUACACAGGCUUGACCUGUGAGCACAAGGCUGACCCGUGUGAGUCCCACAGAUGUGUGCACGGGGAGUGCCAAGCUGUGGACAACUUUGAGUACACCUGCCAGUGCAAACCUGGCUACUCCGGCCCACUCUGCGAUCAAAUUGUUGCAAAGGAGGGAGUUGGUCUUGACGAGCCCGCAAAUGCUGACCUUCGCUGUGCCAGCGAGCGGUUCCGGGAGUAUAUCGAGGUCGUCCAAGGUCUGUCUGUCUGCCGCAGCCGAAAAAGAGUGGGGAAUGUCCGCUGUAGCGGGCUCUGCUCCAACGGACUCUGCUGUAAACCAACGAGGUUCAAAUCCCGGCGGACCAGAGUCUACUGCCCAGACGGAACAAGUUUCAAGCAGGGAUGGACGAGAGUUCUGGAGUGUGGAUGCCAGGAAUGCUAAAGUCUUUUCUUCCUAAAGUAUAAAGAAAUGACAUGGACUGGACAAAAUAGAUGUGUUGAGUCUGUCACUGUAAAAAGAGGAAUUAUAAGAUGACCAGGUGGAGAGGUCCACACUGUGAGCCAGAGGACCUCAUGUAUAUGCAAGAGAUUUCUGUUUGGGCAAGGAAACCAAGCCAUUACCUCAUUUCAUAAUGAUUUGCUUCGUAAAUAUUGUGGGAACUUAAGAUUCUCAAGAAGAGGGCUGGAUUCUACUUAGCUUUCUUUCACAUGUGAGUUUAGAGCAUUCCUGGCAGCAGCCAUAAAACCUGCCAAGUCUAGGGAGGUUUCAAGAUUUCAGUCAAGACUGGAGAGCAGAGGGACAAAAGGGCAGACAAAUUAGCCAAGACUUGGACCUGUAUAUAGUACUAGUUGGCACGUCAGUUGGUGUAUUUAGUAUAUGCUACAUUAAUUUUGGCAAGUUUGGUGAAACCAACUUGGAUGUGUGGAUAACAGACAAGUUCUGCUAAUCAUGGAAUGCAUGGGAAUUGUGGAGAAAAUCAUGUUUCAUAUAUUCCUUGUGAUGACUGUGUUAGACAGGACGUCCUGGUUGGGAUGUCCAUAGUUGCAGCAGGCUGUAUUUAAGGCAAUUAUGCUUUGUUGCUUCUAGUUCCAGAGGGGGUGGUUGGAACAGCUCUGUCAGACUUAUUCGACACAGGUUGUACAGGGAACAAAAUUAAUAUAGAUAACGUUACAUGGAUUGCUUAAGUCACUGCAUCUGGGGCAACUAUAAAACUAGUCACAAGUUGUUGGAACAGAACUGCAUAAUAGUUUCAUGGAAUAAAACUGCAUGUUAGCCAUGAACACUCCAUCCACACUGCAACACUACCCUCUGUGUGCAAUAAGUCUGACAUAGGCUGUGAAAUAUGAUGUCUCAUUGUAAUAUAUGGGUUUUCAGUGUUUGAAAAAUAAUGGUGACGAUUAUGAGUGAUCCUCCUAAAAUGUAACAAAUUAGUGAUUGAGUCGUCAAAAUCCCAGCAUCAGAGGUUGUCAGUAUUAUUGAUUAAUCUGUGUAUAACAAACCACAGGGCAAACUUAUUUUAUAUUCCUGUUAUUUAUUCUGUGGUCAUUAUUUUUGUACCAGUUGGUUUAGUGUUUGUCAUCCCUGUAGAAUGUUGCUGCCAACAAUGUGAAAACACUUAUGUAUGUAACAGUGUCGACUGUAGGAAAAUUCUAGAUAUAUAAGUUAUACAUAUUAUAUAUAUAUAUACACGGAACACAAACUUCAUUUGAUAUUCCAUGUGUAUAAUAGGAUGUCUUUACUAAGGUUGGAUGCCAUUGAAUUUCUUGUACAUUUGUUAACCAAUCUUUGUGUGUGGAUGACGGGCACAAAAAAGUUGCUGUGGCCACAGUGUAUCAUUGUGUAGUAUCCAAGCUUUGUAUGUUUAGCCGUACAACACAAACAGAUGUUUCUUCAAUGUGAGCAUGUCUUGGCAUGGCACCAGUACACGUAACAUACACUUAACAAUGUAGGAAACAUUUCCUGAUCUUAAUGGAAACAUUUACAUGUAAAGUGCUGCAUUGUAAAGACAAAUUAGCAUGAUGUUAGGCUGCUACAAUGCUGGACAAAGUUUGUCUGCCAGACAGAAACAAAGUCCCGAUGUGGACAUGUUGUACAAAUGGUUGUAGGUCUUAACGUUGAAAAUCUAGCAUUAACUUGCAAUGGAGAUUUUUAUUGUAUUUAUCACUAUUAUGCCACAUAAAUCAAUAAAUUAUAAAACCUGAUGCCAAGUCUUGACAUCUUGCUUAUAUCACAAUGAAUAAAUCUGACCUUCACAUAAGGUA